UUCCUCGCUGACUGCACGUCGAACGCCACGCUGCCAUUUAACAACUCUACAAAAACGUCCAUAAAACAUGGGUUUUGGUGAUCUAAAAAGUCAGGCUGGUCAGAAAGCUUUGAAUGACUUCUUAGCCGACCGUAGUUACAUUGAUGGAUAUUCUGCAUCUCAGGCUGACGUUGUUGUAUACCAGGCUCUGUCUGGUGCACCUUCAGCAGAUUUGUUCCAUGCGUUGCGUUGGUAUAAUCAAAUAAAAUCAUAUGCCAGCCAGUUUGAUAGUCUUCCAGGUGUCAAGAAACCUGUUAGUGAGUAUGGUCCUGCAGGUGUAGCAGCGGCUGCUGCUCCUGCGGCGGCAGCAGACGACGACGAUGAUGACGAUGACGAUGAUGAUGUAGAUCUCUUUGGAUCAGAUGAUGAGGAAGAAGCAGAAAAGUUAAAAGCUGAAAGAAUUAAAAAAUAUAAUGAAAAAAAAGCAAAAAAACCAACUUUGAUUGCGAAAUCAAUGAUUAUUUUAGAUGUGAAGCCAUGGGGAGAUGAUACAGACAUGAAAGCCAUGGAGGAAAAAGUUAGGACAAUUACAUCUGAUGGUUUAGUUUGGGGAGCAUCAAAACUUGUACCAGUUGGCUAUGGUAUUAAAAAGCUACAGAUUUCAUGUGUUGUAGAGGAUGACAAAGUUGGAACAGAAUUCUUAGAAGAUAAUAUUACGGCGUUUGAAGAUUAUGUGCAGUCAGUUGAUAUAGCAGCAUUCAACAAACUUUAAAUGGCUUCUAUAACAUAAAUAUGUAUGGAUAAACUGUGAAUGUGAUGGAGAGAGAAAUAAAAUUGACGGUUGUUUGAAAAUGUGUAGUGUAAUGUUUAUAAGUAAUUAAAUGUACUCCAUUUAGUAA